AUGGUUCGAACUUCUCUCUUGACGUACCUAGCCCUAGGCCUAGGAAGCACCGCUGUGCUCGCAUCCAAAUGCGGCGUGGCCACGGGCAGCUUGCAACCAGUUGCCAACUUUGGUGAAAACCCAACCGGCCUGGAUCUCCAGAUCUACGUCCCCAAGAACCUAGCUCCCAAUCCCGCCGUCAUCCUAGCCCUCCACUACUGCGGCGGCACCGGCCCCCUCUACUCGCAACAAUCCAACUACAACCCCCUCGCCGACGCCCGCCGCAACUUCGUGAUCCUCUACCCCUCCACCACGCACGACAACAACUGCUGGGACGUCGCCUCUUCCAAGUCCCUCACCCGCGACGCCGGCGGCGACACUACCUCGCUGGCCAACAUGGUGCGCUGGGCUAUUGAUGAGUACGACGCCGACCCGUCCAAGGUGUUCGUUACCGGCUCUUCUUCGGGUUGCAUGAUGUCCAACGUCAUGGCCGCCACCUACCCGGACCUGUUCUCCGCUGUCUCAUGCUACAGCGGUGUCCCCGCGGGAUGUCUGGCUGGUUCCCCGGGCGCUAGUCCGACGACGGCGGACCCGACUUGUGCCAAUGGUGAUAACAGGAAGACGGGACCCGAAUGGGCGGCGCUUCUCAAGGGGAUGUAUGGUACGCCCGAGGGUUAUACUGAGGGCCAAUAUCCCAAGGUGCAGACGUGGCAUGGCGAGGCUGAUUUCUUUGUGAAUUACCCGAACUUGGCGGAGCAACUGAAGCAGUGGUCGGAGGUGUUGGGCGUUUCGUUCAGCAAGAAUGAGACGGAUACGCCGCAGAGCGGGUACACGAAGAUUGUGUAUGGGGAUGGCAGCAAGCUGGUUGGAUACUCGGCGAGGGGGGUGGGACAUACGGUGCCGGUGCAUCCUGAGGCGGAUCUGCAGUGGUUCGGCCUGUGA